AUGCCGCGAGUGUUGACACGGAAGCGCUCAGCCAAUGCCAGAAAAAGAAAUGUCGGCAACAGAUCCAGUAAUAAAAGAGUUGAAGUGAAGAAUGAGAGACAAGUAUCCAUUGAGACAUCAGUUGACCACAAGUCAAAUGUGAAGACCAGACGAAAGUGUGUUGAAGUGGACAAUGGAUUGUCACCAAAACGGUUACGGAAACAGAGGUUUGGACACGAGAUGUAUGGCAAGGAUUGCAGUGAAUCCAGUGAUAAGAAUGAGAACAUUGAGAAUGACUUGGAUGCACACGAAUCACUGCAUUCAGCGAAGAGUUUGCUUGCCAUUGGAUCCAUUGGAUGUGAUUUGUGUGAUAAAAAGUUUGAUAACAAACAGAAACUGUGCCGACAUUUGAAGAGUGUCCACAAAAUGGAUAAAUUGAUUGCCUCAAGACUGCCGUUCCCUGAGUUGGUUGAGUCGGACAGCGGUGCGGACAGUGAGGGUCGCAUCCAAUGCGGGAAAUGCUGUUUCCGGACGGACUCCGAGGCGCUGAUGAUUCUUCACUCAAUCAAUCACAACGUGCUUAUCAUUGACCACAUCAACGGUGCCAUCAAAUCGAGGCUCAAGUGUCCCACUUGUGACCAAUGGUUCACUAAAUCUCUGCUCCAGAAACACGUUUACAUCCAUACGUCUGAAAAGCCGUACAAAUGUGAUGAAUGUCUCGAAGAGUUCACCACUUCUUCGCACUUAACAAACCAUCAGAUGAAACACAAUCCGACAAUGGAUUCGUUGAUCACAUGCUCGAUCUGCGGCACAGCUUUCAAGACGAAGAAGAGUUUCCAAAAGCACCAAAUGAUUCACAAAACGGAUCGCAAAAGAAGUCAUUUGUGUGAUGUCUGUGGCAUUGGUUUCUACGACAAGGAAUCACUGAAAUCACACACAUUUCGCAUACAUUUACCGAAAAACGUGCGAAAAUUUAAGUGCGAUUUCAGUGGCUGUCGGUAUAGCUGUCUCUAUCAGCACCAGAUGGUUGAGCACCAGAAGGUCCACAGCGACGACAAGCCAUGGGUUUGCGAUCAAUGCGAUUAUACGGCUAAAUCCAAGUGGACUUUCAAAAAGCAUUACCGCAAACACACCAAAGAGAAGCCCUUCCAGUGUCCGCACUGCGAGUACGCCUCAUCCCUGUCCUCUAACCUGCGCCGACACGUCCGCAUCCACACCGGUUCCAAGCCAUUCAAGUGUCCCUAUUGUAACUACCGGUGCAAUAACCACGAGAAUCUUCGCAAACAUGUACUCAAUACCAGAAAGCAUAAGGGCUUAUAUCUCUACAAUUGCAUGCAUUGCGUGUUCGCCACAAAUGUCUUCUCGGAUCUCCGCCAACACAUGGAACAGAUCCACAAAGACAUCUAUACUAUCGAACAAAUCGAUCGAAUGAUUUCUUCCAUUUACCACAAACAAGAGGACAACACCACUGUUGUUCCCAUCACUCACUCCACUGAACCACAAACGGACGCUUCGAGUGAGAAGACCACGAAUAGAAAGUCGAAGAAAAUGAAAACUGAAUCAAAGGAUACAAUGGAUGCCAUCGAAAGACAUACAAACUGUUCGAGUGAAGUGAUUAUAGCCAACGAUUUCGAUGAACUCAAGUUUGAGACACAAAAUGAUGAUUCAGACGUCAAUAAGUCUAUAGUUAUUGGCAAAAGUAUGGCACAAAAUAAUUCAGAGAUGAUUAUCAUUGACUCAAAUGUAUUGGAAGCGCAAGAAGUUUGUGUCACCGAUCGACUCGUCCCUCAAAACAAUACACACUUUUUGAUCACUGUUUGCAAAAAAUAA